AUGAAUGCGGACAUGGAGGAGCAGGAAGACGAACUGCUCGCUCUCAAUAGUAUUUUUGAUUCCGAAGAGUUCGUCCGAGAUGAGUCGAAGUCCGCCGGAGAGAUCCGAGUGUCUGUUGAGCUCCCUGCAGACUUCACAGUGACUCUGAAAGAAGGUGAAACGCUGAGGCAGUAUGAGAUAUCAUUCCUUCCACCUUUGCUUCUGACCUUUGAACUACCUGAGGACUACCCAUCCUCCUCCGCUCCCUCCUUCUCUCUCACCUGCAGCUGGCUGACACACACACAGCUCUCUGCCCUGAGUGCUCAGCUCACAGAUCUCUACCAGGCCACGGGCGGCGCUGUGGUGCUCUUCUCCUGGGUACAGUUUCUGAAAGAAGAUGCCCUCAGGUUCGUGGACAUCCAUACUCUGCUGGAGCUCCCCUCGGAUGAACACAGCACCCAGUACGAUAGCCAGGAUGCUGAACCAAAGAAUAAUCAAGACGCCCCGGGUUGUGCCGUCUUAAAUCUUUGUAAACCAGACCUUACCGCACCAUCGUUGGAAGUUGAGCAUCCGAUAGUGGUCCUUGCUGAUGGCCAAGAUCCUUCAACCUCAGACUGGAGCAGCAAAGACUCAAGGGAUGCUGAGCAGACCCUCCAAACCUCAGAAUUUAAGGCCGACCACCAGAAUGAUCUGUCCUCACUGGCAGGCAAAUCAAAGCAUCUUCCAUUUGAUCCGUCAGAUCAAAGCAAUGGGGAUGUGUCAGCCUCAGUGUUACUUCCCCCUGGCUCCUCAGAACCACUGGAUCAAAGUGACCAAGGAGCUGCUUCUCUGCCAAUCCACCCAAGAGAAUCCCCUCAGAAUGCAGACCAAAUGCGCUCUGAUCUUUCGCUUACUCCGUCACAAACUCUCCUGUCCCAGCUCUUGAUCUAUAAUGCGGCUCAGACAGAGAAAGCGUUUUCACUCACGGUGUUUGACUGCGGUGUGUGUUUUGCUGGCUUGCUCGGUUCAGACUGUUUCCAGUUGCCCGAGUGCGGCCACAUCUUCUGCAAGGCCUGUCUCACCAAGUUCUGCACGCUCCUGAUAACAGAGGGCAACGUCAAGGGUGUCACCUGUCCUGAGGCCGACUGCUCUGCCACCCCAACACCUUCACAGGUGAAGUGUCUGGUAGGAGACGAGCUGUUCAGCCGCUAUGAUCGUCUCCUGCUACAAUCUACUCUGGACUGCAUGGCUGAUGUGGUGUACUGUCCUCGAAUUGUUUGUGGUUCGGCCGUCAUUGUGGAGAAAUCCAGCACAGCAGCCCAGUGCAGUGUUUGCAGCUUUGCCUUCUGUGUCAAAUGCAGGAAGACCUACCAUGGAACAGAUACGUGUCUGGAAAAGGGGACAACAAAAAUAAAGGCAGCACAGCAAGCCAAUGCAGACCUGCCACAGUCCCAAAAGGGGUUGAUGGCUCUGUGGGACGACUAUGCCAGUAGCAGUAAGCAGAGGCAGCACCUCCUGGAGAACAGGUACGGGCGAAGUGUAAUGCUGGGCGAUCUGGAGGAGACUCUGAGUGAGGACUGGAAGGAGCUCAACAGCAAGUACUGUCCUCACUGCUUCUGUAAAAUACAGAAGAACGGAGGAUGUAACACAAUGACUUGCACUCGGUGCAGACAGAUGUUCUGCUGGAGGUGCCUCACCAGACUGCCGACUUUUCGUGCAGGCAGGCACUUUGAGGACGGUGCCUGCUCUCUCUACUCAUAG